AUGUUUGAGCUAAAAAUUAUCGAUUCGGAAAAAGAUGAAAACAGCCUACAGAAUCGUACAUCUUUGUUCAGAAAGAUUGUGGAGAGCGCAGCCGACAUUGUUGAUGACGUUGAUAUCAAGCUUAACGAUGAGGGCUUGAGCAUGCAGUUCAUGGAUGCUAUGAAUGUUGCGAUGAUGGACGUUUUUCUGACCAAAACAAUGUUCGAUGAGUAUAGAUGCGAUCGCAGCCUGACACUGGGACUCAAAAUCAAGGAAUUCUCAAAAAUAUUGAAGGGAAUCAAAUUGGACACUGGGACGACCUUUUACCUGCACUGCGAUGACAGUCCAGACACACUCAACAUGGUAUUUGAGGGCGAGGCAUACGUCUCCAACUACGAUAUGAAAUUGCAAAACAUUGGCAGCGAAUGCUACGACAUACCUCAGAUUGAUUUUACCGCUGAGGCAGAAAUGAAAUGUUCCGAUUUCCUGUACAUGAGAAAGGCGGUCGGAAACUUUUCAGAAUAUAUUCAAAUGAAUGCUUGCAAGACGUGCAUCAAUUUCUCACAAAAAGGUGAAAUAAUCGACUCCAACAUGAAAUUCAAGGCACCUGAAACAGGAAAGUUUGACAUGAAAUUGAGCGUAUGCGAGGAUGUAUUGGUGGAGAUACCCAUGAAGUACAUUAACUGCAUCACUAAAACGGCCGGUUUCUGUCAAGGAGUCAAAAUUUGUCUUGGAAAUAACGCGCCCGUGUUCUUCGAGUUUUUAAUUGGCGAAUACGGGCAUAUCAGGUAUUACAUUGCACCUAAAAUAUCUGAUGAGUAAUUUUAUUAAAAUUCUAGUG